AUGGGUGAGUAUGAUCGUGCUGAUGUUUGUUUACCUUCUUGGCCUUUGCAUAAUAGGUUGUAUAAUGGUGCAUUGGGUCGUGCUAUAAGAUGUACAUUUCCGAUGCCAUUCUUGAUUUGGUUUGCUUAUGCGAAUCCACGAGAUUUAGCGGAGCCUUAUUUGUGCCCGAUUAUCUUUGCUUUAUUUGUGGCAUUGUAUCCUCCGUUUGUUUCGUCUUUGGUCUUUGGUUGGUUUGUGAACACUCCGUUAGUGUUGGGCUUGUUGGGUUACGUAACAGGUAUGAUGCGUGUGGUAAUCCAUAUGGCUGAUCAUGGGUAUUCUAAGACUCAGACAGGUUUGUUUGCCGUGGGUACGUAUGCAGCUUUGGCACUAUUUUUGAGUCAAGGACGUGUAAGUGCAAAUGCCCGUCUCGUGUAUGCCGCCGUGAUUAGUCUCAACUACCCCUACGAUAAUGUGUUACUACCACUAUACCAUACUCUAGUCCGUGGUAUCGCCAUCUCUGCCGACGGUAAUAUGAUUGCUUUCAUACGAUCACUCCUGGCUGGCUUAGAGACGUUACCACUACCAGAUCUAAUUAAAGGGUUAAUUGCACAAGUGGUACACCCCGAUUGUGACAAACUGUUCACUACUGUCGAGAUGAACGGAGACACACAAGCAACCUUUGUACCCAACCAACAGUGCGAAAUACCCGUCCUACACCUUCUAGACGAUAUGGGCGGCUUAUUCGCAGGCUCAUCCGUCACACACUUCCGUGUGUCCACCGAUGAUCAAUAUGUCAAUUUCAAGUACCGCCCACAGUUCGGCUUUUUGCACCAACUAUGGACCGCCCAGGGCGGACUUGGGUUAUUUCGCGGACUACUACUAGGCUCCUCACUCGCUAUGGCAGUACUCACCGCCAUGUAUCUCAUGAACCCCGCCUCGCGCAGUCGAUAUGCCGCUAAGCAAGGACUCAUUCGCGUUCAGCGAAAAUUGUACACACAUAAAACACACCUCUGCGAACGCGCUAAACUCCUCUCACGAACCGACAUCGUUCGGGAACGGGUGGAUCUAGUUGCCUUCCCUCCCACACGUGUUUCCAAACUCGCCGCUGGCUCCGAACCUUCAUGGGAUGUCGACCAAUUGCACCAACGUGUCCUUGACCUCGACACAUUCGUUCAAAGCGCAUUACUCGAAACCGCUUUCACUCAAGCACCCGGCAUCAUGAGCUACUCACACAUUAAAGCUCUACAAAGCUGCCUCGCCGAAGAAGCUACACAAGUCGCUCUCCUCGCACGCUACUGGUCAAACCUCACUGGCCCUAAUGCUGCUCCUGGCUCUGGCGCUACAACUCGCGCUAGUGCUGGUGCUGGCAACGUUAGUGCUACUGCUAAUGGCGCUACUGCCAAUGGCGCUACUGCCAAUGGCGCUAAUUAUAACAACGCAUAUAGUACCUGGUAUCAUGACGUAGGUACCCAAAUCGUAGGGGUGCACAACGGCCGUAUGUUCGACGUCACUUCGGCGCUAGACCCGAUCACCCUGGGGUGGAUGCGUGAAGCCUUUUGGGCACACAUGAGUUUGAACAAGGCAGUUGAGAGACUACUUACUUUGGACGAGAUUAUGGGAAGGAACAAGGUCAUUGCCGAAAUUGUGGCUGAAGUACGACACCAGCUGCAACUCGACCUGCAGCAUCUGGUGGCGCUCGAUCGAGCUUUCGUCAGCUCAUCCCUUUCACGCACCACAAGCUUUGAAUAUCAAACACUCCUCGAACAGUACCGUAAAACGGUGGUGUUCCACUCGAUCGCUAAAGCCAAAGUGGGCAUCACCUUUUGCGAAGGCGAGUUGAAGCGGUCAUACCGUGCCUUCCUUAUCGGGCUGCUGGUUCCGACAUUAGGAGGUUUGCUUUUAGUCCCAGUCGCGUUGUGCCAGCAGUGGGUUUCCACCCUUGUUUCAAUUUUCAUUUUCAAGAGGAGACCUCUCAAGUAUCCGGAAUCACUCCUUCCCGGGACUUCGGCUUGUCGUGAGGCCCCUCACCAAGUUGAAGUUCACUUAGGCGACGCUCCGUGUAUGGCGGACCUCGGUAUGGUUACGGGGUUAGUCAGCCAAGAGCAAAAGUUUACUAGAAGCGAAGACUCAGUCACCGCCGCCGCAGACUCAGCUGCCGCCGCGGAAGUAUGUCGGGCGGGCGGUUACGUAUGGAGGAGUCGUGAACGCGUAAUUCCGUUAUGGCAGAAUGCGGAAGCUUGGGGUGGCUUGAGACAUUUCCUAGGACAGAUGGUGAUUCUGAGCGUGUAUAUCUUCGACUGGGAUUUGGCCAAGUGGUGGUGGUUAGAAUCAGGUCGUGCUCAUAAGACUCAAAAGUCAACUUUGGGAGACUCAUUAGCCUUGCCGGACAUUCCUUCACUCUUUCCACAUACCAAUAACGGUGCGGGUCAGGAAGAUAACAUUAAGAUCAUCGACUAUCUUGUGUGGAUGGAUGUGCCAACUGUGAAGUACAGUAAACAGAGCGGAUGGACGAUGUUGGGUUUUUACUGCAGCUUGCUGAUUUCCUAUCAAGGCACACUUAAGAGAGGUUGUCUCCGUUUUACAGCCAUGCUCGUAGGAACUUUCUCCGCUUGGUGUGCUCUUAAAGCUUUCCCACAUAGCAUUUGGGGAGUCGGAGUGUGGGCGUGUGUUCAUAUGUUCGUGCCCACGCUGCUAUUCAGCAACCCUCUAGACCCACGACUCGGCUACGACCCACACUGGGGUUAUGCCGGACAAAUCCUUACCUAUCACUUUCUCGUCGUCUGCUUCGGUGUCUUCUUCGACCCGAUGCAAAGCAGAGACGAACUAGUAGUGGAACGUAUCAUGGGCCAUGUAUGGGGCACUCUAGUCGCCUUCAUACUCUCUCUCCUACUCUUCCCAACCAGUGUAAAUGCCCAACAACGAAUACGCUUAUCAAACUCCACCGUUGGUAUACGACGAAGCCUCCGAGCACUCACAGAACUCUACGCCGCCCCAACAUCACAAGACGCUCGGUUCCUCCCUCCCCAAACCACCCACACGGCGACAACGACGGUCAACGCAGCAACGGAGACUGAGGACCACCAGUCAGGUGACGACCAGUCACGUGACGACCAGCAGUCAGGCGCCGAUCAGCAGUCAGGUGACGACCAGUCGGAGACGUACAAGGCAUGGGAGAAGGUAUUUCGUGAACAAAUCAAUCUGUUCGAUUUUGAAAUGACACACUGGAAUAAGAUGAUUGAAGAUGGGAAUAUGUGCGAUAAUCUACCUAUCCUGCAGAACGAUAGAAUUUUAAAGAAGAUCGCAAGCGCGCUGCGACAAGUGGGGUUGCUACGGACCGCUGGUCAUCGCCAUCUCGCUUACUUAGUGAAUACGCAAUCGCAGCUAUGGGAGAAAGACAAGACCUUCGUUAAGUGGACGAAAGGUUUGAUCGACCAUAGAGACGCAGUAAGCACAGACGGAGAAAUGGACGAAGACCGACUGCUGGACCCGGCUGCUGAACCCACAGGUAUCCGGGAAACCACUGGAGUUCACGGGUUACCCGCUCCUGAUAGUAGCUCCGAAUUAGACAUCAGCGACUUGGGAGAUGAACCCUCCUUCACCAUUCCAAGACCGGACCAUCACGCCGGUCACCGACACGACGAGGACGACGACGAGGACGAGGACAAGGACCAUGCAGGACGUUUCAGCCAUCGACAAGUCGACGCCCACCGAGUAAUGAGCCAGCGUGCGGAACAGGCCGCAGGAGAGUGGUCGGAACCGCGAUCUGAUUUGUCAUCGUCGUCCGUGUGGCUGGAAGAUGUGAGGCCAGCUCCGUCUCCAGCUGCUAGUCGGUCGCCGAUGCGGCAGACCAUUGUACCUUGCCACAGCCCGAAGCGGUACAUGAGCACUUUGUCUGACCGCGAGAUCAUGGUGGUCAAGAAGGUCAUUCCGGUGCCCGUACCGAACACCUGUCCUCACUGCCGCCAAAGUGUGCCUAACGGUCGCUUGGAGGAGGAGGCUUUAUUGGUGGGCGGCGGAAGUAUGCAGGCCUUGGCGGCGGUUCCGCCAAGAACUUUGGAGGGCGCAACUAUUGAGCAAAGGAUCCCGGAGAGCGUGACUGUUCAGGAGCACACGACGAUGACUUCUGAGGGCCCGGACUGUUCAAGUUUGUUGGGUCUAGUCGACCUCUUUGAAAAAAUAUGGAUUGGCGUCGAGGUGGGAAUUCUCAACAUCAAAACCAUCGACGUCGCCGACUGGAGGCGGGAAUUGAACCGGCGACUUGACGCUAUCGACUCCGCCACAGCCACGCAUUUCUGCAGUCACAAGUGCUCCAAAAUUCGCACCGAAAGACUACACACCCUAUUCCGAAUGUGGGCGGCCGAGGUGGUAAUUAUCAAACGCAUCGCCUCCUACAUCGAAGAAUUUCAACGACGCAAAAUCAAGAAGAGCUAA